UGACGGUAGUACUGGUCACAUAGUGACAGAUAUCAGCACUGACGGUAGUACUGGUCACACAGUGACAGAUAUCAGCACUGACGAUAUUACUGGUCACAGGGACUCUGGCCGGAUGCCCUUCUCUCUCUGGAUGCUGAACAGGAGCUACUGGUGGCCUUCUGUGAAGUGUGGCUGAGUUUUUGGGAACAUCUAGUCGUAGCAUCCAAAAGGCCGGUGUACUGGGGUUGGUUGUCUUCUGAUGUACCUACGACAGUGACUGAUGAGACAGCAGUGAUUCCACCUUGUUUUUCUAUUGACUGGUGCCUUCUACUGUAUAUAGCCUAGCCUGAGGCGGAAGAUUGUCUAACUUUGGUUGAUGUACAGAGCACUCACCUCGAUUGCACGAGACAUGAGUACCAGCAUCAUGCCUAAACAAGUGGAGGUGAGGAUGCACGAGAGUCACCUGGAGCCUAUCGAGGCCAGACCUAGGAACAAGUGUAUCAGCUGCUUCUCUUCUCUCUUCAAGAACCUGUUGCUCACACUUACCGUGCUUGGUGUGAUUUUGGGGGCAGUAUCUGGGAUGUUGCUUCGUUAUGCUUCUCCCAUCCACCCGGACAUUAUCAUGGUGAUUGCCUUCCCUGGAGACAUCCUGAUGAGGAUGCUGAAGAUGUUAAUCCUGCCUCUCAUCAUUUCCAGUUUAAUCACAGGUCUGGCUGGUCUAGAUGCCAAGUCUAGCGGUCGCCUGGGAACCCGGGCUAUGGUCUACUACAUGUCCACCACAGUGAUUGCUGCCGUGCUGGGAGUCAUCCUGGUGCUGGUCAUCCACCCUGGAGACCCCAAGAUGAAGGAGCAGCUGGGAGAGGGUGACAAACACGAUGAUGUCUCCAGCCUGGAUGCCUUCUUUGACCUCAUCAGGAACCUGUUCCCUGAAAACCUGGUACAGGCCUGCUUCCAGCAGAUCCAGACAGUAACUAAGAAGGUAGAGAAGGUCAUUGUGGAGGAUGUCAAUGCAACUACCACCUUGGAAGGUCUCCUCUCCAACGCAACCAAGGAUCCUGAGUUCAUCACAAAGAAGUCUCUACAAUUCAAGAGUGGAAUGAAUGUGUUAGGUGUUAUUGGAUUCUUCAUUGCCUUUGGCAUCUGCAUGGGAAAGAUGGGCGAGAGAGCCAAGCUUAUGCUCGAGUUCUUCAACAUCCUCAAUGAGAUUGUUAUGAACCUGGUCAUCAUGAUCAUGUGGUACUCCCCCUUCGGUAUCUGCUGCUUGAUCUGUGGUAAGAUCAUCUCCAUCGAUGACCUGGAGGUGGUUGCUAGGCAGCUGGGGAUGUACAUGGUGACAGUGAUUGUGGGCUUGAUAAUUCAUGGAGCCAUCUUCUUGCCCGCCAUCUACUUUGCCAUUGUCAGGAAAAACCCCUACACCUUCUUCAUGGGCAUCUUCCAGGCCUGGAUUACUGCUCUUGGGACAGCCUCUAGUGCUGGUACACUCCCUGUCACCUUCCGUUGCUUGGAGGAGAACUUGGGCAUUGAUAAGAGAGUCACCCGUUUUGUGCUGCCUGUCGGCGCCACAAUCAACAUGGACGGUACUGCCCUCUAUGAAGCUGUGGCAGCCAUCUUUAUUGCCCAGAUGAACAACAUCCACCUGGACGCUGGCCAGAUUGUCACAGUCAGUCUGACAGCCACACUGGCCAGUGUUGGUGCAGCCAGUAUUCCCAGUGCUGGACUAGUGACCAUGCUUCUGAUUCUCACAGCAGUCGGCCUGCCAACUCAGGACAUCAGUCUGCUGGUUGCUGUUGACUGGCUCUUGGACCGGUUCCGUACCUCUGUGAACGUAGUGGGAGACUCAUAUGGCGCAGGGAUUGUGUACCACAUGUCCAAGGCUGAGCUAGAUGAGCUGGAUGCUACGCAGGGCAAGUCAGACGACAUUGAAAUGAUGAACAAGACUUCGUCCUACUAUGAUGACCUCAAGAACCACCACGAAAACAACUCUAACCAGUGCGUCCAGUAUGCCGCUCACAAUUCAGUCAUAGUAGAUGAGUGCAAGGUAACCUCAGCCACUAAUGGCUCUACUGCUGCAGCAGCCAUGGCAGAGUGCGCGCUUGUUGAGGAGGAGCCCGGGAAACGUGAAUAAAGCCAGCACAGAGAUCCCCAGCUCCACACGCUUUCCAAUUUGGUGAAAAAAAGAGUGAACAAAAGUCAUGCAAACAGAACUACUAAUUGUCUUUCUAUGUAGUUUUUAUUUUUAUUAGUCCCUUUACAGUGUUUCUAACCGUCUGUCUGACUGAGAUGACUAAUACUAAUUCACUUGUUGGUGGGAUGAUAACAGAGGUAUGUUUUACCUGUUAGAGCACUAACAUGUGCUUUGUAGUAAACACUUGCACAAUGGACAUCAAGGAUUGGGAGGGAGGGAGGGAGGGAGGGAAGAGAAAAACAAACUAAAGUUUUAUUAUAAAGAUAUGCAUCUUGUUUCUAUGAGAGUAAUGCAUUUAAAGCAGGGGGAAGGUCAGCGUGUGGAGGAGCAACUUUGGAACAACAGUCCUUCAGAUGGUAGCUGUGAGUUUUACACUGGUAAUCUGGCAGUCUAACAGCAGACAAUGUUGGAACAUGAGGAUGUGAGUCAUGCUAGACUAAAGGAAUCCCUGUAUCAAAACUUUAAAGUAUUUCAGGAGUGUCAUUACAUUACAAACGAUACCAGAGUAGUUGCAGACAACAGCUGUUUUUCCGCUGGCCCCUUUUACCUCACAAGAGUUGACAGAGCCUGUGACCUAUCGGACUGUCUUUGUUAGCUGAUAUUACCCACAAACCCCAGGGGGAAUCAGGGUGGUGAUACUGUAGAACACAGACACAAACCUGUAAAGGCGGGGUCUGCAGCAUGAGCCUUACUUAACAAGCAGAUGUUCUCUGGAAAUCAAAAGCACAAAACAGAAGAAACAUGGAACCUCUCCACCCUUUUUUAUUGUUACGUGUUUUGUUGUCUGCUGUAAGGGUAAGGGACUUUUUCGAUGUUGGCUCUAAUGUGAGUUUCUGUACUGUGUCUGUGUGAGUGUGUGUGUAUGUGUGAAUGGGUUUGGAGUGAGAACAUGACAUAUCUCACCAGUUACUAAUAGGGACCAAACAAGCAAAUAAUCAAUGAAGCCGAAGCCUUUGAAACGCCACCAUGACUUCAUUGACAGUCAUUGAUUUAUCUUUCAGGGUUUCUUACUCUGUGCACAAUCCCUUCUAGCUAAUUUUAGAGUGAAAUGUCUCACCGUUCAGAUCAAAUCUAGCAACAACAAAACAAAUACAUGUAUCUGUAUGCAAUUAUUGCAUUGCCUCAAAACAAAAUUGAAAAAGAAAAUGUUUCUACUCAAUAUGAAUAGUUUCAGUGCAGAGAAUGUUUAUAUUAAGUAAAGUAUUACGAGAAAUAUAUCAUAAUCCUCUUCCAUGCCCUGGAGCUACUCAUUUGAUUAUGUGAGGUCAACAAAAAUGAGAAAGAAGUGUUAUUACAAAGUAUAUUAUUGAGAGAUAUUUAGAAACAUGAUAGACAUACAUUAUUAGGUAAAGCACAAAUUACAUUUAGCACAAAUUAAGUUUAUACAUUUUUAAAACUUAGUGUGAACAUUAUACAGAGUACAUAAAGCCCAAUUUCAGCUUUGAGGGUGAAAGGGUCACGUAUCAUUUUGUUAUCCCUUUUUUUACACUAGUUUGGUUUUACAUUUGACUUUUGUCAUUUGAAUAACCCAAUAAGGGAAACUAUACUCAGGCUUCAUUCAUCAUUAACUCCUUGACUGGGUACAAGACAAUUUAAUAAAGCCCUCAACACGUUUACCGGCUCAUAAUCUCAUUACCAGGCUGAACAGACAGAGAAAGAGCCGACUGGUGGACCAGAUUAACCAGCUCAUGAUAGACAAUAGGCUACUAGCCUUUACAUAGCACAACUUGAAUAUGAAAGCUUUGACUUUGAAAAUGUUGACUGUUUACCACCUUGGUAUUUUUUCAAGAGAAACAUUUUUGUAUAUCUUGCAUCUAUAUGACUGAGAUAAAGCUUCCCUUUAAAACUAUGUUAGUUACUUUUACUAACUGAUUCUUGUCAGGAAUAGUACAUAAGCAAAGGUACCAAUAUUUUUUACUUUACUAUUCCAUUGAUUUUCUUAGCUUAUUUUCUGUGUAAAAGCUCAAACACAUAUCUAAUUAACCUUUCCACAAAAACAACCACAGAACUAAAAUGAAAUUAGUUAAUUUAAUUAAGUUGGAAAAAGUUUAUAACUCGCUGCACAACUAGUGGUCAGGUGGCAAUGCAACAUAUCAACAUAUUUCUAUCCAGCCCUGGAGUGGGAUCUUUUUAGUGCGUAAACAACUAUGACCUCUUACCGUAGACGCUGACAACUGAAUGCUUCAGCUGUAUCGCAGGGUUCGGAUGGUUACUGCUGUUUUCAGCUGGCUUUCUGUAAAUGACCACUGCAAACUUGACUACUGUGUGGUUCUAUCCCCCUAAUGGAACCAAAAUGGCUAAAUAGAGAGGCAGACACAAAGUGAACGUGAUUGUGAGAGAUGCUUUGUGCAAUUGAGUGAUUUUACAGGUACGGAUGACAUUUCUUUAUAUGUGUCGUGCCCUCGUCUCAUUUUGUUGAUUUCCUCAAAGACAACCUUGCCUUGAAGAUGUUAACUCCAAACUGUACUGUCAGUUUGAUCGUUAUGACAGUUGUAAUUCAAGUAACACUAGAAAACUUAACACUAGCAUUCACAGUGCAGCACACACUUCUUUAAUUACCUGAACAUCUCAGUCAGAAGAUCAACACCACAUUGCUUUCGAGCCUGUAUAACAAAGUGUGCUUUUUCUAUGCCACAGCACAGUGUUUUUCUGCGGUAAAAGCUGUGUGGACAUUAACAUAAAACACAGAGAACAAACAAACACACAUGCACAAAUGUUCACACAGAAACAAACAUCCACACAUUUCCACGCAACCUCCCUUGCAUACAUGCACACUGGCAGAAAUGUGCACACAUCCACAUGCUAUCACUCUUAACAUGUGCAGUGCAAAAAUGCACACACACACCUCAUGCACACCUCAUGCACACCUCACAACUCAAGUCACCACACACACAUUUGUACAUGCAAUUAGUGAGCUGCAGAACACAGCACUGACGCCUCUUAUUGCCCUAGGGCCUGGCCUUUGACCUUGUGACCUUCAGGAAUAAGUCCUCCAGAAAUGAGAGGAUGCAAACCAGUCUGUCACCAAUGAGGAGUGUUGGACACUUAUGUGCAAACUCACUGUUGUAGAAGCAUGAAUAAAAAAAUAUGAUUAUCUCAAAAGCAUGAUAUUGAAGUGUCUACUGGCACUUUGUGUAUAUAUUGUAGGUAACAUAUAUUUGUUUUUGUUUUUUCAUUUGUUUUAUUUGGGGGGAGUCAACAUGGUAUGUAGAAAUAGAGAUUCAUUGCUGUGGAUUUUUUGUAAUCUAGAAAAAUAUUAUCUAUGUUCUCAAUACAAAUAGAUUAGGCAACAUGUAUAGAAAGGAAUGUGAAAUAAUUUGCUUGUUUCUUAUUUGUUAAUAGUUGUUAACUAGUUGUCUCACUUAGCUGUCACACAUCAAUAUAUAAAUAUCUUUUUUUAUCUAAUGUAAGCGUUUUGAAUGUUCGUGUCAAUGGAAAUAUCAGUCAUGUGCAUUCAUUUUCAUUGUACAUAAAUAUGUUUAAUGGCACUGCAGAAUGUUUAUGAAGAUGACCAUGAUUCUUAAGCAAACUAUGGAAAGACAAACAUUUAGAACAAUACAAAUAUCAGAUUCAAGAAGGUAGUCCAUAUGGUGUGAUGUGUUGUUUCUAAGAUGGUGAGAUGGAAAUUCUCAUGACUAGGUUUGCAGAGGAAAAUGUAAAAUGCACCCGGUAUGUACUACUAACUAAUUAAACAAGCACCAGAUGUUAGUUUAGUUAACUAUCUGAUCAGGCUGGCAUACUACCUGCCAAAAUAUAUCUCCUCAGGUGGUCAACCAGAUUCUGCUCCAGGAAUCAUCUAGAACGUCUACCAGAGAACAAUACACUCACACAUAGUCUGUCAUCUAGUCUCUGCUAUAUGCACCAUGCUGUAAGACAUUGGCAUCUACACAAAACAGUCAAUGGUCAUGUUUUGAUCCUGCCUUAUAGGUAGAGACUUACAAUAGAGAGCAAGUGCCAUAUUUCCCUUAUUGGCCAACUUAAGGCAUAUCCAUACUUAACCCUUGUGGAAUGAGCACUAUCAAACCACCAGCAAAAUUUUAUUAAACCCAUCCAGACAUUAUAUUGGCAGAUUGAUCUUUUUGCCUUUUGUAAUAUUCAUAAAAAUUAACUGCAUGCACACAAAAAUAUCCAAUAUAUUGAGUAAAGAGGAUGUAACAUGGAAAUAGAUUGGCACAGUACUUCUAAGAUGGGCCAAUAUAUCUUCAAGUCUGUAUUCUACUGGAAUCUCUGUGUUUCUGAUAGGCUCCUCCUGACUAGACCUGAUAACUUAUCUCACUCCAGCCCUACCUUCUGCUCUCUUUCUUACUUUA